AUGCAACUACUCUGCACUCCCUCCAUUUCGCUGGUCCGCGCCGCUCGGUCCUUGCGCAACCGGCUCAUCAAUAAAACCCUUGUCCCAGCCCGCGCUGCAGCCGCCUCCGUACGCAACUCAAUACACUUCUCACCAUUCUCCUCACACUCCCACGACAAGCUCAAACACCAAGCUCGGCCUGCCGCCCUCGGCACCGUUGCUGUGCUCGGUAAUGGGCUCCACACGGGCAUGGAAAGCCACGCCGCUGUCAGAGAGGGCGAAGGUUGCUCGAGAGUCCGGAAGCAUAUCAGCCCCUUCUAUCAACAAUGGGAGCAAGGCAGCCUCAUGUUUCAGAAGAGCAAGUUGCUGUAG